ACUGUACUACCGUGUUGAGCCAGCACGUCUAACAAGCCUCGUGAGCGUUCCUCUCACAGUUUCACGAUCAAGUUCAAACGUACAAUCAGCUUUUACAAUUUAUAAACAACAAAAACCGCGUAGGCCUACAUGUCUCAUGACCGUCAUCUUUCCAAAAGUGAUCCACGCAGAUGAGGGACGUCAAGUGAUAGAGUUUGCGGGGAGGAUCGUUUUCAUAUAUCUUUGCCAAGAACUUGAAGAACAAUCCAAUGAGAGCCAUGUCAGUUAGAACAGACUUCGAGUUUUCUGAGGACCUGGACUCGAACCCUGAGGUUUUGAAAGCGUAUAACGAUCGAGGAUAUUUCAUUGUCAGGUCAUUACUGAGUGGAGCAGAACUCACAAAGCUACAGAAGGCGCUCGACCACGAUGAAGGGAUCACGAAGCACGGUUACGAAAUCAGUGACGGUCAUGGUCGCAAUACUAAAAUAGUCAUAUGGAGUCACCCCGGCAACGAUAUAACUGGCAUGAUCGCAAGAUCUCAAAAGGUCGCUGGAACGUCCGAAAAGCUCUUAGGAGGAGAAUCUUAUCACUAUCACACGAAGAUGAUCAUGAAAGAACCAAGGACAGGAGGAAGUUUUGUAUGGCAUCAAGAUUACGGAUACUGGUACAAAAAUGGGUGCCUUUUCCCCGACAUGAUGACUUCUGUAUUCAUUGCAGUUGAUAAAUGUGACAAAGAGAAUGGAUGUCUCCAGAUAAUUCCCGGAUCACACAAACUCGGUCGCAUCGAACAUGAAAUGGUCGGAGGUCAGACCGGUGCCAAUCUUGACCGGGUCGAGUUCGCCAAGAAACAACUCGGUUUCGAGUUCGUCGAGCUCAACGCAGGGGACGGAAUCUUCUUCCAUUGCAACCUCCUGCAUUGCAGCAGCGCCAACAACAGCGACAGGAGGAGGUGGUCUUUCAUCCUCGCUUACAACCGGAAGGACAACGAUCCCGUGAUUCCGCAUCAUCAUCCGCAGUAUACCCCCAUGACCAUCGUGCCUAACUCCGCAAUUUUGGAAUGUUCUGAUGUUCCUGAUAUGACAGGUAAAGAUUUUUUGGACCCUAAGAACGACAAAACCGUCAAAGCAGCGCCAAAGGAGCAGUAAUCCUGAUCAUUCUGUACUUCGAUCCGUAAAUGAGAGUCAGAAUUCUGAAAGAUACAGGUAGCAGUAGCGGAUCUAGACAUGCUAGAGAGAGAGAGAGAGAGGGGGGGGGGUUAAACCCUCACCUUGGCCCCCAAUAAGAAAAGGAGAGGGGGUCAGUUUUCCUAUGGCGGAUCUAUACGGGCGGGAGGGGUUGGGCGCAGGACGCAGUAUGUCGCAGCUGAUCGAUCAUCAUCGGGCAAACCAACUGGUUAACCCAACCCCCCCCCCCCCCAGUUUUAGCAAAAAUCUAGAUCCGCUUCUAAUUACGGCUUCCAAUGUGCCGAUAAAUGGAUUUCAUCCUCCCAAAACCUAGGUCGUAUAAUUAUUUUUUAGUCCCUAUUUUAUUUUUUAAUGACAAUAAUUACCAUUUGUCACAGCAUGUGUAAAUUGUUAUAACACGAAAUUUUCUGCAAUUAAGAACGAGUCAAUUCAAUUUUAAGUAAAUCUGUAAGAUUCCAUACCCCAUAUACAUACAUGUAUUUUCUGUAAUUUUACGCUAUGGUUUUUUUGUUGUUGCCUCUAUUAGAGGAUUUAUUCACAUCCAAAUCAGGGGUUACACAGUAAAUCACAUUCAAAUCAAAGGAUACACAAUUAAUCAUAAAUCAUGAAACAUAUAAAAGUAUUAUUACAGUAAUUACAAAAUCAUAUUUAAGUUACAUAGAUUGUUCUUACACGAAUCGUAGCAAGCCCUUGGGCAGUUCAUCUUUUUCUUUGGUCUUUUUACUAGCAAUGUUGUACAUUUCUAUCCGUUUUUAAUUUCUUUUAUAAAUACAUGUUUCAAAAGAAAAACUUCUUUUUUCAGUUCCUGAUUUGUUCCUAUCCAAAAUAACUUUAUAUAUUGACCAAAAUGCAAUAGUUACAAAGAGAUUUGUUUUACUAUCAUUUUCAACUUUAAGCAAUUGUAUGAUGUUUACUUCCACUUUUACAUUGUAAACUUCACGCAAAAUAAUUUUGAUAUAUUUAAAAAAGGAUUUGUUUAGUUCACAGUAAAUAAAAGCGUGUAUAAUAUCUUCUUUAACCUUGCAUGUUGGACACAAAUCGUUUGUUGCAUAAUUCCAUUUAAACAGGUUACUUCUUACUGGUAAAAGAUUAUAUAAUAACUUAAGAUUGAACUCUCGUAAUUUAUUUUCUCUAACUUGAAUAAGAUUAUUUUUAAAUACAUUUGCCCAAUUGACAUCAAUAUCAAGUUUGUUCUCCCAAUGUAAACAGCAUUUAUUGGUGAAAAUAUUUUUUUGAGGGGAACAGUUUAUAUAUAGUAUUACUACUCAGAUCACUGAUGCAUUUCAAACUUUUUCCAAUCAUUACCUGUGGAGCAAUAAAACCAUAUGGUCGGAUAGUGAUGCCACUAUUAUCGCUCAAACUUUUUAUCCAUAUUGCUGGUAUUGCCUUUUUUAGUUUUGUGUAGUCGAAAAUAACAGUAUUCUUACUUCUUUUUAUAUCGAUCUUUCUCUGAAUGUUUUCCAUUGGUAUGUAACCAUUUCUCCCAAUAAUAUCUGUUAAGUAAACUAUACCACCUCUAUACCAGUCUUUAUAAAAUAAAGACUGGUUAUCAAAUAUUAUAUGUUUAUUAUGCCAAAGUAUUUGAUUUCGAAUAUCAUAACAGGUAGGGUUAAACAGACAAACAUCUUUCAAUGUAGUAAUAGUUCUAAAAAAUUCCCAAGCCUCCAAUAUUUCUUUGUAAAAAGUUGGUAUUUUCCUUUCGUUUAUAAUUUUCAGUGUUUUAGUACUGAAAUUACAAUUUAAAAGGAACGAGAUACCUCCUAGGAGGUCAAACCAAUAUGAACACAUUUUUUUCCAUGAUUCUGUUUUGUCAUUCAAAAACCUUCCUAACCAUUUUAACCGAAAGCUUAGCAUUCGAUGGUGUACAUCAGUCAUUUUUAUUCCACCAUUAAUAUAAUUUUCUGUUAAAGAACAUCUUUUAAUUUUUUCUACUUUUCUGUUCCAAAUGAAUCUAAACACUAUAUUAUCCAAACUUUUCAUGAAUUUCGUUGGAAUGGAAUCAACAAUGCUAUGUAAAGUUGCAGGUAUUCUCGAAACUCUGCUGCAUAAAUUUUUCUUAUUUAAGGAGAACUCUUUUGACAGUGGACGAUCCAUGGUGGCUAAUCAUUAUAGUGCCUGUAUAUCAUAACCAUGGUAUCUGACGAAUAGAUCAACUAAUUGAAUAUCAUAAAUUUUUUACAACUAUGUUUCGUUAGUCUAUUCAUGGAUUGACAUAACGAGCAAACACAGAUUACUGUGGAAUUUGAUUGUUCGUUUGUUUUGUUUUUCUUCUUUCCUUUUGUUCUAUAAGAAUCAAUUGAGAUACCCAGUAUUACAUAUACAAUUUACCAUUUAUUUUAUGUACGAAUAUUAUUCUGUGUGCUUGCUGCUUGCGCCUAUUCAGCUACAGAGCUACCUCAUCUAAAACCGUAACGCGCCCCUCCCUAUUUUAUCACUUUUCUCCCUCCCUCCACCCUUUAUAGCCUCUCUCAUUCUUUCUAAUUUUCUCUAUUUUCCUUUUUCUCCUCUCUUCAUUGAUCGUCUAGUCGAUUGACAAUUCUCUGUCCAUUUUAUCCCCCUCUUUCCUUUCUUUAUUCUUCAUAUUCAAAGCAAGCAAUUGCACACUUGUGCUCAGACCAUUAUGCCGACACCAGCUCCGGAUCGAAUACUCUUAUUACCUCAGGCUGCAGUCACAUUUCCCCUACAGCGGUCGUACGGCGAGUCGAAAACGGCCGUUUUUUUGGUCAUAUUGUAUUCAGACCACCUAUGUAUGUAGCUGGUAAAAAAAUGUUAAUACGGCUGUUUUCGACUCGCCAUACGGCCGCCGUAGGAGAAAUGUGAGUGCGCCAUUAUUGCCAUUGACAGAUCGGUUGGUUUCGAGUCGGGUUUUUUUAUGUGAUCGUGCCAUAUAUUAGAAUCCAUUCAGUUAUUUGUCAUUUUUUUGUUAAGCCCUGGCUGAUUGUUUUAAUUGCCCAGGGUUCUUAAUGUUUGGCUAUGUCAGAAAUAUUGCAAUGUAAAUAAUGAGAUUGUGAUGUUUAUACGAGUAUUUUUGGAAAUAAAAAUUAAUUAAUGU